GUGGUUUUAAUAUAUAUCAAAAUGGCGCCUGCGCCUGCUAUGAAGAAAUAGUGAAAUCGUCGACAAAAUAUACUCGACGCCUGAACAAAAAGUUAUAUCAAACUUGAAAACUUGUUCUUCCAAGUGUGUUUAUAAAAGGGGCAGGCAGGAUACAACUGGAAGUAAACAGUUUUCAGGGAAGAAAUCUAACAGGAAACUUUUGAUAAUAGUUAUAAGUGGUAACUUGGUGGUGGUGGUGCUUCGAAAUGCCACCUAAAAAAUCUAGAAAAGUUUCCAAAGCUAAAUCGCGCAAGAGAACGAAGGUCAAGAUGAUGAAAACUAAGUCUGAAUCCAACAAACUUACUUUAGAGGGUCUUGUCUCCAGUGUUCAUGAAAAAAAAAUCACAUGCAAAGAAUGCUCCAAAAAGUUUAAAUUUAAAAGUAAUUAUGAAAAACAUGUCCGUACUGAACAUUGUAAUUUACCGGACUGUGUAAAAUGUGACUUAUGCCCAGCGCGAUGUCCUAACGACAACAUUCUUGCCGAACACAAGGCAAAUGCUCACGAGAGACCUAUGUAUGAAUGUUCCACAUGUUCUAAGAUAUUCUCGCGGCCGUCCCACGUGUUCAGGCACAGCCGCCUGGGCUGCGGCACCGGCGUGCCCGAACAGUACCCAUGUGAAAUUUGCAACAAAUCAUUUAGUAGAAAGGAUAAUUUACUGGUGCACCUCAGGUCACACAUCAAAGUGAACAAGCCGUUUCAAUGCAAGCACUGCCAGUUUGCCGCUCACACAUUCAGACGUUAUGUGAAUCAUGUACAGAAAGUACAUUGGCCCAAAUAUUUCGAGUGUGACCACUGUGGUAAGUCAACCACAUCUCGUCCAGCGCUGAUGAAGCAUUUAGAAAUACAUGGAGACAAGAAGUUUGCAUGCGAAGUGUGCGGCUACACGUCGCACACGAUCGAGGUGAUGCGGCGCCACGUGCUGCGCCACACGGACGAGAAGCCGUUCAAGUGCUCGCAGUGCCCGCGCUCCUUCAUCCAGUCCGCGCAGCUGCGGAGGCACAUGGAGAGCCACCUCAACUUCCUGUGUAAAGAGUGCGAUAAGACGUUUAGGUCUCACGCCAGGCUCCAGAUCCACAUGCGCGAGCACAAUGGGCUGGCGCCGCUGCUCUGCUCGUUCGAGGACUGCCCCUACUCCAAGCGGCAGUUCUCCAGCGAGCAGAUCUUCAUCGACCACAUGAAGGCUCAUGAGGACAGAAAAUACCAGUGCACUGUCUGCCAUAAGAAAUACGCCACCGAGAUCAACCUCAAGCGCCACACAUCGACCCACGAGUUGGAGCGCCCGCGCCGCUGCAUGUACUGUGUGACGGCGCGCGCCUACAUCCGCGGAGACAUGCUGGUGCGGCACGUGCGCAGCAAACACCCCGCCAUCUUCAAUGAGUACCUGCUGCAUGUGCGACAAGUGCUGGGCACAAACGACAACAUCGGGCAAGUGCGCCGCUCGGAGCUCGACUCGAUCCUCAACUUACUGGACGCGGUCUCGGACCGGAUCCUGGACGAGCACGACGGCUCCAAGGUAGAGAUGAGAAUAAGAGUUAAAACUGAAACCAUUAACGAUCACCCCUACUCCAAGGUGCUGUUCGCUGGCAUGGAGACCGCCGCCGCGCGCCCCGAGGUGCAGGUGCUGGACAUAGAGACCGGCGGGUCGGAUGAUGCCGCCUCCUCGCCUGAGAAGAAGCCGGAGACGACGCCGGGCGGGCACAGCGCGCUGAUGUCGGAGGCGCAGCUGUCGGAGAGCGUGCGGCGGCUGCUGGCCGCGCUCAUCGACAUGCACACGCUCGAGGAGCUGGGCUGGCCCGGCGAGUCCGUCGACGUGCUACUAGAAAAAGUGAUCACCCAAUGCGACGGCACGCCAGCCGACCGCGGGCGCUGGUCCCGAGUGCAGCGACUCCGAGAGAACUGCAAGCAGCUGUUCCUGCGCGUGGUGGAGGACGCCAGCGUGCGCCGCAUGCUCGAGACGCACACCAUCGACCAGGUGGUGGCGCACAUACUGGACGUCAGCGAGGAGGACCACGACACCGGCAUGCUCGUGGACAGCUUGAGCUAGAACUGUGAUCGAUAU